CUCACUUCUCAGUAAACAUAGUUCAGAAAGAUAUCUUUAUAAAACCAGUAUCAGAUUUGGCGGUUGCGAUAGAGUCUAUCCCUAUCAUUUUGCGUGAUUAAUUAUAUAUUUCGAUACCAAUAGAAGAUAGUGGAAGUGGAAGAUACCAUAUAGGAAUAUAACAAUGAAUGGUAGGAAAUUCCUUUCACUAGGCGUCAUAAUAACGAGAAAUUACGUUCAACGGCGGAAUUUCCAAACUAAUGUGCUAAAACUGCUUAAGAAACGGAUACCUUCUUUGCAAGUUUCCUCAAUCUUCGAACACCAUACGAUGGGCUGCCAAACCUCUAAACCCCAACCAAAAGCGAGCCUUCCUGAUGAAGAAGUUCCUAAGCCAGAGGAUGAAUACAUUGAAGAUAUCGUUUGUUGUGAAUCGGAAAUUCACGAGAAUGAAAUGAAAGUUUUCGACCUCAAAGAUGCUGGAAAAGUUCUGUUGGUUCGACAAAGAGGGAAAAUUCAUGCUUUGGGGACAAAAUGUACCCACUAUGGGGCUCCAUUGGUUAACGGGGCACUAGGAGAUGGCAGAGUUAGAUGCCAAUGGCACGGGGCCUGUUUCAAUAUAGAAACAGGAGAUAUUGAGGAUUUUCCAGGAUUGGAUAGCUUGCCGUGCCACCAAGUUACCAUAGAGGACUGCAAAGUGAAAGUGAGGGCCAAACGAUCAGCCCUGGAGAACCCCAAACGUGUGAAACCGAUGUGCAAGAGACUGAACGAUGAUGAACACUACGUAGUUAUCGGAGGCGGACCAGCCGGGGCAGUCUGCGUGGAAACUCUAAGGCAAGAAAAUUUCACUGGGUCGAUCACGUUGAUAGCCAGGGAAAAUCACCUGCCUUACGAUAGAGUCAAAGUGAGCAAGAUUGGCGAUUUUGAUAUCGAGCAGAAUCAGUUCAGGACACCGGAGUUUUAUAAGGAGCACGAUAUUGAUGUUAGACUUGGUAUUUCCGCUAAAAAGGUGGACGUUGAGGAGAAGAAAGUUAUUUUGGAUAGCGGAGAAAAGAUUAGUUUCGACAAACUUUUCAUUGCCACUGGAUCGAAGGCUGCAGUAAUCAAUGUCCCUGGAAAAGAUCUGAAGAACAUCAUAACUCUACGAGAUUACGAAGAUGGCAAAAACUUGUUAUCAUUACUCACUCCCGAAACCAACUUGGUCAUCAACGGCAGUAGUUUCAUAGCAAUGGAGGCUGCAGCGAUGUGUGCAGAUAAAGUUAAGAACAUAACAGUGGUGUCUCGAUCUAAGGCGCCCUUCAAACACGCCCUUGGCGAGGAAGUGGGUUACGCCUUCAUGAAACUCUUCAAGGCUAAGGGCAUCAAUUUCAGAACAAACACCAACAUCAAGACCAUCAAAGAUGAUGGAACCGGCAAAGUUGGUGCUGUUGAAUUAGAGGACGGCUUGACGCUAGAUUCCAGUGUAGUGUUGCUUGGCGUUGGAAGCACUGUUUAUACAGAAUUUCUGAAAGAUUCUGGGAUUUCUUUGAGAUCUGAUGGGUCAGUUGACGUUAAUGGAUAUCUGCAGUCUAAUAUAGAAGGUAUAUUUGCUGGAGGCGACAUUGCUUACGCACCUGUUUUUUCCCACGACAACAAAAAAGCCACAAUUGGUCAUUUUCCGUUGGCCCACUACCACGGGAGGAUUGCUGCCUUGAAUAUGCUAGGUAGAAAGCAGGAACUAAAGGUGGUGCCUUAUUUUUGGACCAGCUUGUUUGGUAAAAGUAUAAGAUACGCUGGUAGCGGUAGCUUCGAGGAUGUCAUCUACGUUGGUAACAUAGAUGAUUUGAAAUUUGUUGCGUUUUACAUCAACAAGGCGGAUCAAGUGGUUGCCGCAAGUAGUUGUGGCAUGGACCCCAUUGUCUCACAGUUUGCAGAGUUGCUCCAUCAGGGAAAGAAGUUAUACAGGAAGGAUAUCGAUAAACAACCUUUAGGAUGGUUAUCAAGUAUCACUCCCGAUCCCGUGGUACCGUUAGAUCAAAGAAUCAAUUGAAUAUUGUUGUUCGAAGUUGUUUAAAAAGCUAUGCAUAUUUAAAAAUGUCAUUAUUUCACAUUUCCUUCAGUUGAUGCAUUGAAAAUAAUGACCGCUUUUGUAUUUAACCUGCAGUGAUUCAUUCCAGUUUUUAUGUUGUUGAACUUCUAGUUGCUCAUGUAACUUGCACAGUCAUUUUGAUGUUUUCAACCAUUAUUAAGUUUUUUAAGUUAAAAAAUACUCGCAUAUUUGUUUUAAAAUUCAGUAUUAUACUGUUAAAUAUUUUAUUUUAAUAAAUGUUGGAAUAUU